AUGGCUCCGAUGGCUCCUAUUUGGAGAUGUUUUCGCUUGCUGGAACAAAGUUACAGAGCCUCGAAUUAUGUAGUUUUCUUUGCUUUUCAUAGCAGGCCUUCUUCUCUGAGGAAGGUGCACGGACUUACUCCGCCGUGUUUUCACGUACAAUCAUCAAGAACGAUAACGUGGACAAUAAUUUUGAGAAAUGAGGACAGCUCAAACCGACUAAAACAGAGUGUGUUGCUAGUAGACGAAACAGGAAAAAACCUAGGCGAAACAUCCUUUAAAAAUGCAGCCAACAUUGCACGAGAGAAAUCACUUGAUCUGAUGUGGAUCAACAAACAGAACAAAGCAGCAUUGCCUGUCUACAAGAUGAUACGCAAGAUUGACAUUAAAGCCAAAGCAUUAAAAACGCCUAAAAUAAAGAACAUCGAAGUGAGUGAUAGAAUAGAAUCAAGAGACUUGAGUUUCAGAUUAAAUCAAAUUCAAAGGUGGUUGGAAAAAGGACAUCAAGUGAAAGUCAGUGUGAAAACCAAGGGAAAAAAUGAAGAGGACAAGUGGAAUAUCAUAAGGAAGGUUGAACAGGAACUAGAGGAGGCUGGAGUUCUUAGUGGAAGACCUACAGAGGAUAGUCCACGGCAAAUUUCUUGCAUCUUUAAGCCUUACAGAGGAUCUAAUGCUGUUUAA